AGCCACGAGAAGAGGGCGUGUCCACGCUCACGACACCAGGCAGCAGGAGGCAUCGUCACUGUGGCGUUGUGAAUUAUUAUAGAGCAGCAGCAGCAGCAGCAGCUUCUUCUCCUGUGAGGAUGCGCUGACCACUGUAAUAACAUUUCUUCACGUUUGUCUCACAGCGUUUGUGUUUUUUUUGGACUCGCAGUUUUUGACCCGAACGUUUCCCAUUUUGCUUUGAUGAACGCGCCUCCCACCGUCAACCUGCUGGGGGCCUAAAAGUGGAGCAGCACCCGGCUUUUAUGAAUGGGAUGCUCGGUUCCAAGGCUGACUGAAAAAAAGAGCGUCAAUAUUCAUUCUACAGUCAAGAACUGGUAACUCUUUUCAAAGUCUUUUCCUUCCUCUACGUGCAAGACAACUAUGCCAAUCUUAAAGCAACUUGUGUCCGGCUCCUCCCAAACUAAACGCCGCUCACGCAUGGACCUGACCAGGGAGAUGAUCAGUGCCCCUCUGGGUGACUUCCGCCACACCAUGCAUGUAGGUCGCAGUGGUGAUGCUUUUGGAGACACCUCCUUCCUCAGCACGCGGUCAGGAGAACCUCCACCUGAGACCAAGUCCUUCCCUCAUUCUCCCCGACCUGGCCUCCUGUCUCGCACCUUUAGGAGCAGCAAACGCUCUCAGUCUGUGACCAGGGUUGAUCAGCAGACGGACAACACCCUGGCGUUCACAGCUGGGUCACCCACCUAUGUGAAAAAUGCCAUGUCCCUGCCUUUUCUCAAUGAUGAAGACAGAGAUGACAGGAUGGUGGCCAAGAGUUUGACCUCGAGUCCUUUAAAGCAGCAGCAUGGGGAGGUGGAUGGGAGAGGCGCGGCUGCAGCCACUCACUUCCUGGAGUUGGAGGAGCGAAGCUUUGGCGAGUUGACUGAGCUUCCAGAGAGCAACCUCCUCUGUGGAGGUGGAAUGAAGCACGCCGUGUCGGUAAUGUCCUUUCACGUCGACCUGGGGCCCUCCAUGCUGGGCGACAUCCUGGGGGUGAUGGAAAAGGAGGAGGAUGAUCUUGGCUACGAGGAGGGCAAAAGCAGCGAGGGCCGUGCCUCGCCUUCACUGAGCACACAUGGCGAGGAAGAGGAUAGUGUGAAGAAGGGGGAAGACGACGAAGAGGAGGUAGAGGAAGAAGAGGAGGCGGAACUGCAGCUACCACGCUGUAUGCACCCAGCCAGCUCCCUUGACCAGCAGCCUGAGAACGGAGGGCUCUACACUCCGGAGUACACGCCCGAGAUGCGGCCCAAACACUUUCCACAUCUAGACAGCUGCUCCAUGUCCAGCGCUGGCUCCGCUGCCCUGGAAGAGAAGCCAAACAGUCAGACCUAUGCAUGUGAUACAGACAGCGCCACCUUCAGUGCCCCUCCAGAAGAGGAGAGCAACUUCUCCUCUUUCUUGGAGGAUGAAGAUGAUGAGAUCCGCGUAUGAGAUUUCAAAGCCUGCUUAAAAAAAAACUAGAACUGAGCUCUGGAAGGAGUUUAUAGGAAAUGUGCGAGUCCUUUUGACAGUGUGGAUUUGCACUUGGGAGACACUGUAUUUGUAUACUGUGGGAAUGGGAUUGUGAUGGAGGACUCUUACUUUGUACAUUUGCAAAAAAAAAAAAGUGUGACUGCUCCUUCAGGAUUUGCCAUUCCUUAGCUGUCAGAGGGCCUUACCCUCCACAUUCUGUUUGUCUGUCAAUCCAUCCCUCCCUCUUUUAACACUGACAGAACUGACAUAGAAGAGCAGCUCCUUCUGAAUAAGCGACAUUCCAGGUGUAUACGGGGAGGAUGGGUUUAGGAAAGAACUUUUGGAAAGUCGCUCUCCAUAACUAAAGUUUAGUUCACUCACCCUCUUCUCUCACUUGAGGUGUCACAUGUGCUUUUUUCAUUCAGUUUGUCCCUCUUGUUUUUGUUCUCUCUCUCUCUCUCUCUCUCUGGCUGUGGGGCAUCAUGAGGCCCUAGCUGAAGAGAAGGUCUGUGUCACCACAGGACCACUGGUGGGUUUCUUGGCACAAUAAAAGGGGGCUGUGUUUUGUCACUGGAGUGUGAAAUCCUGCCUUGAGCCUCUUGUCUUGUGAAGAUGUUACACUAAAGUACCAUACAUUCGUCAGUAUUCUACCUUAUGUAACCCCAGGGUCCUCGAGACGCUGCACAAAGCCUGCCGUUUCCUGCUGUUACGCUCGACCACAAAGCCCAAACCCAAAUUCUCCUCUGUUUUUAAUUCAGUGUUCGCGAAGAAAACAAAAGCUGCAAAGCUGACUGAGAUACAUUAUGAACUAUGAAACAUGGCGUUACUACUGGGAAGUGAGUGAGGGCGUGAAACACGGAGAGUGGUUCACCGUGUUCUCUUGUCACUGAACAGAAUCUUUACUGUUCUCUGAAGUCUAUGGAUUUCCGCGAGUCGAAGUGAUUUGGCGAGCUUCGUUCUGGUUAUUUGUCUUUUCAAAUUGGAACUGAGAAGAGUAAAACCACUUCCUCCCUUGUAUUUCCGCAGCUGCAAAUGGUUUAAGUAAAAGGGUGAUGAUCCUCUAUAGCUCAGGGGGGUGCCUUUUAUUUUCACCACUACUUAAGAGUUUGGUUGUCUAGUAUUGGAAAAUAAAAAAUUAACCGGCACCGCAAACCUCGCGCUAUGUCUGUUUGGUGUCCCACACCUGGUGUUGUUGUAUCUUUGCCAGUGUUCGCUGUAUCUGUUUCUAACGAAUGGAUUAAAAAGCAGACACAACCAUUUCUAUGCGAGUUGUGCUGUCAUUGCAGCGCGUCUGUAUCUCUUGCGUCAUGAAAAAAAAGCGGCGGCCAGACAUUUUGAGGCUUGGUUGCGCUGAUUGAUUGAUUUCUCUGCCUUAACUGAAACUGACAAGUGCCAAAUGACGAUUUGCCAUCAAGAAAAAAAAAAAAAAAAGAAUUGUGCAGCUCACUUUUCGUUGAGCCUCGUUUGUCAUUUAUUUUUUUAUUUGUGGAUAAUCACUGUUGAAUUUGAAUUCAGCUUAAGCUUGAACAUUAAAAAAAAAAAGAAAAUACAUUUUUUUUAAAGACAUGAAAUAAAAGGAAAACAAAGUCCGCACAAGUGGAUGUUUAUAUGUCCAAUCUCACACACACUACGUUUAAUAUAUUCAGGUUUUUUUCCAUGGUUAAUUAAGUGUGAAUGGGCCGUAGUCUGUGUUGCUUUCUUCUUCUGUGUGUGUGUGUGUAUAUAUAGUAUAUUAUUUCCUAUGUUGUCUUCUUUGCAAUAUGUCACAGCCUUUUUACUGUAUUAUUCAAAAUAACCUAUAUUUUUCAAUAAAAGAAAGCCUGAACUUCUUUACUCCCA